AUGACUGACAAAAGAAAAGAGGUCACGAAAAAGACUGACGAUAAAUCUAGCACCGAGGAUGGUAACAAAACUCGAUUGUCGAAAUCUUCUGCAUCCGUGCAUAAUAAAAGCGUUGAAGAAGAGCGAGCGAGCUGUUUCGAUCUGCGCACAACAACGGGACAGAUUUUGUUCAUCACGGUGAUUGUCGCUGCUGUAACGCUAGUGCAAUGUCUUCCGAAAGAUGCGUUGAAGUCUGUACUUAACCUUCAAUUAACAGCGCAACAAUGUAAGCCCGAGGUACAGUUUGUGGAGAAAAAAAUUGUUUCCCACGAGACACGCCCAAAGUAUUGGGUGUUUGGAAGGAAUCCUACCGGAGGUCACCUGUUGCAUGUGCACAAUGUACUGCAACGAAUCGGCGUGGAGCAGACCAGCAACGAUACAGCUGAAUGGGAUCUACUGUGGGCACAUGAUUAUCCUUUUCGUAAGGUAAACCUGCAGCACAUGAAGCGUCAUCAACUGGUUAAUCAUUUCCCAGGAUCCGGCUACAUAACGAAUAAAGUGGACCUUUCCACCACUAGGCUUCAGUACAUUCCAGCAGCAUUUAAAUUGCCGGCUGAAUCGACCCAGUUUCGAGAAUACGCAGCAGCAAAUCCGGGCAAGCAGUUUGUCCAGAAAAAUAAUCAACAUCGCCACAUACAAAUCAAGCGAAUCGAUGAGAUCGAUUUCAGCAAUAAUGAUACUUUUAUCCAGGAGUUUAUCGACGACCCACUGCUGGUCGAUGGGUACAAAUUUGAUAUAGGCGUGUACACUGUGAUAACGUCGCUUGAUCCACUGCGAGUGUACAUCUAUAAGGGAGAUAUUUUAUUCCGCUACUGUCCCGUGCCCUACUACCCAUUCAAUGCUUCAGACGUGGACAAGUAUAUCGUGGGAGACGAUUACCUGCCGACGUGGGAGGUACCUUCCUUGCGUCAGUACUACACAAAGUACGGAUUUGGAAUGAAGGAUUCCUUUGACGCAUACAUCAGAAGCAUGGGACGCGAGCCCAGCUCGAUCUGGGAGCAAGUAGAAGAUGCUAUACGAUUGCUGAUCCUCAAGAAAGAGCCGUUACUUGCUGGGCUGCUGUCCCGUUAUGCCAACAAGCGAAAUUUUUUUGAAAUGAUGCGUUUCGACUUGGUUGUUGACAAUCAGCUAAAGGUGUAUCUGAUGGAAGCCAACAUGAGCCCAAACCUUUCGUCAGCCCACUUCAAACCGAACCGGCUUCUGUACGAGCAAGUAAUUUACCAUCUGUUUCAACUCGUCGGUGUGGGGUCGAGCAUAAGACGAGAUUCGUUGCGCAAGCAACAACCCGAUACGGAAGCAAUGCUGACAUCGUUAAAAAAUCUAGCAACUGCUGCUAAUCAAUGCUCUGAACUGCCCUGUACUGAAUCUUGCGCUCCUGUUGAAUGCCAACUCUGCAGCACGUGUCUGGAGGAAACCGAUUUGGACGAUCUGCAGCGUGCUUAUCGUGAGCACAUGAAUCGUGGAGAUAUGAAGCGGAUUUUUCCAGUGCCAAAAUCUGACCAACAUAGGGUUAGCUACGAUUCGCUUUCUGUGAGAAAUCAGUUUAUGUCGAGGUGGUUUGAGGAAAAGUGCAAAAUAGAUCAAUCUUACUGUUAG